CUUUUUCGGCUCCGGUUCUUCAAACUUGUUUUCUUACUAAAAUUUUUAUCGACUUAAAUUAUUUAUAUAUAUAUAUAUGAAACAAUCAAUCAACGUUCUGCUCUUUCGUGAGAACUAGAAUUUUAUUAUUAAAUUAAAAAAAAAACGGUUAUUUAAAAUCACAGAAUAAGAACCGAAAUAGUGAACCGAAGAGAACGACGAAGCGAAAAAAAAAGAACGCUUCCAAUUCCGGUUCCGGUUCUGUAGGCUUUAUAAAAUUUCGGUACGGUUCCGGUCCGACAGAAAUAUCCGGUUUUCAUACGGUUCUCGUCGAUUCCGGUUUCGGUCCGGGGUAUCCGGUGGACAGUGAUAUUCACGUUUGUCUCUGUUAUCAAGAAAGAGACAAGCAACGACAACUAGCUCAGCGCGGGCUAGUUAUUAAAUAUCGCCGCAUCGUUGGUUUUAUUCUACGAUAUCGAAAUCAGUUCGUUAUAAUUCUGUGUUCCCACCGGUUGUUGAUUUUUUCUUUUCCUAUUCAUCGCGCAAUUAUAUUAAUAUUUUGGAAUGGUCGUACCGCUGAACGAUAAGGAAAACGAUUAGCUUAUCUGUUAGUUGCAUUUGCAUGAACGUCAUAGAGCGCGACGGCAAGCAUAGCGACGGUCUAAUCGACGUUCUCCCUACUAUGAUAUAAAAUAGCGAGGCUUGACAAUGCAAUGACAGUUGAUGUUGGAAGCGAUACGCGAACGUGUGUGUUCUUAUAUCGAAGAUAAUCGAGAAAUAUAGCUGUAGCGGGUAACGAUAAGCCUCCGACGCACAUAAUAUUCAAAGUGGGAAGAUCAAGUUUAUGCAAGAAACUCAAGAAAAUUCCAGUUUCAUUAGGACGUUCCGCAUAAUAAAUAUAUUAUGACAAAGACACCGUUGUCGAAUAACAAUAUGCUACCGGUCCAAGAUCUGGAGACGUUGCUGAGGAACGCUUACGGCCCCGACUUUCAAAUAAACGACAUGGAGUGGGAGCCGUUGACAGACCCGGGGGAAAACUUCGGUAGUGUGAUAUUAGCGAUCAACAUCAAUGCCGAGCUGAACGAAAAGAAGAGGACUCUGAACGUAGUGGUCAAACUGCCACCGAAAUCGGCCUAUCUGUUAGAACUGUUCGACAGUCCGUUAACCUUCCAGAAGGAAUUGGCCUUUUACAGUACGGUGGCGCCGGAGUUCCUGAAGCUGCAGAACGAGAACGGAAUACCCUGGGAGGAACUGAGCGUGAUUACUCCCCGCUUCGUGGCCGGUAGGCUCGGCCUGCGAGACCCGCAGCGUUUCGACGAACAGGCCGCUAUUAUUCUGGAAAAUCUCAAACAUCAAGACUACACCACGCAGGACCGUAUCGUCGGGCUGGACAAGGUGCACAUGGACUUCGCGAUCGGCCAUCUCGCCAAGCUGCACGCCAUCACGAUCUGCAUGAAGCUGAAGAAGCCGGAGUUCUUUCAAGAAAAGGUGUUGCCCGCGCUGGACUACUCACUGAACGAAGGCGCGAAGAACGGUAUGCUGGAUAUGGUGACGAAGGCGCACAACGAUUACAAAGAGAUCCCGGAGGCGGAGCCAUACCUGAAGAGGAUCGAGAAGAUGAUCGAGCAUGGAUACCGCACUGUCGUAACGCCGGAGGAACCCUGGAGGACGUUGGUGCACAACGACUUCUGGGUGAACAAUAUGCUGUUCAAGUACGACGAGGCGGGCAAGCCAGUCAACAUGAAGAUAGUGGACUUCCAAUUGACGGCGUACGACUACGGCGUGAACGAUCUUAUAUUUUUCCUCCUUUCGAGUUCCCGGAGGGAAGUGCUCGACGACCACCUCGAGGAUAUGAUCGACUUGUAUUACGACUCCUUCGUCCACUGUCUGAAAUCGUUGGGCGUGGACGCGGCGAUGUUUCCCAAGGACAAAUUUAUAGAGCACCUAAACCAAUGCGCGCCCAUCAAGUUCAAUCAGUGUAUCAUGAUGGUGCAGGUGAUACAGGCGGCACGCGGCACGGUCACGAACACAUCCAUGGACGACGAAAAGGGUGUUUUUGCCGGCGGCAUCAACGACGCCAAUUACAAGCAGAAGCUGCUGCACAUAUUGUCCACGUUCGAUCGAAAGGGGUGGCUUUUGAAUUGAUCGCAAGCGAGAAGUUUUAUUUAUGACAAAAUCCAGCCCUAUCCCGUGUUUGCCGGUAUCUAGAUGAAAUUAUCUCCUUAAAUUUAGAGCGAUUACAUUGACGAAUUACUUAAUCGUUAUGCGAUUUCAUGAUUUGCAUAAUUUUCAUUAUAAAUUUUUAUCAAAUCUCUCAUGAAUAUCAUCUGAAAAAUUAUUUAGAUAAAUAGUGUUUU